AUGGACGCCGUCCGCUCUGCCCUUCAGCCUGUCACCCAUAACCUUCCGGCCCCGAUCCGCGACCUCGGCGUAUCCAUUAUCGGCGAGCAGUGCUACAAGUCGCUCCUGCUGGAUAUCAAUAUUGAGGAUACUGAGUGCAUCAAGCUUGGUUUGUCCAAAGGCAUCGGCCUGGGCAUUGUCGGCGUUUCGAGCAUUGUCAAGCUCCCGCAGAUUCGCAAGCUCACUUCCUCGCAGUCGGGCGAGGGCAUCUCUGUGCUCUCUUACCUCCUGGAGACCGCGUCCUACCUCGUCUCCCUGGCGUAUAACUACCGCAACCAGUUCCCAUUCAGCACUUACGGCGAGACGGCACUCAUCAUGGGUCAGAAUGUCAUUAUCACGGUUCUCGUACUGAACUACACCGGUCGCGCCGGACUUGCUGCCGUGUUUGUUACUGCGCUUGCAGUUGCCCUCGGCACGCUAUUUACUGGUGGCCUCAUUGAUAUGCAGACGUUGGGAUACCUGCAGGCCGGUGCCGGUGUGCUGAGCGUCGCGAGCAAAGUGCCACAAAUUCUGGCGAUCUGGUCUGAAGGCGGUACUGGACAGCUCAGUGCCUUUGCUGUCUUCAACUACCUCCUCGGAUCUCUCUCACGUAUCUUUACAACUCUUCAAGAGGUUGACGACAAGCUCAUUCUAUACAAUUUCAUUGCUGGUUUCGUUCUCAACGCGGUCCUGGCUACGCAAAUGGCGUACUACUGGAACGCGCCAUCCAAGAAGGCCAAGGGAAAGCAGAAGGUCCCUAUCGCUGCGGCCCCUGCUGCUUCUUCGGCUACCUCGUCUGCCACGCCAAAGAACAAGACUCCUACUACGCGUCGUCGUGGUUGA